AUGUCCGACAAUGCGAAAACCUUCGAGAAAGCAGCUAAAACCUUCCAGAAGAUCUUCCGCGAUCCGCUAAUUCUGCGACAGCUAUCCGAUCAGCAGGUCGAAUGGCGUUUCAUCCCGAAACGCGCUCCUUGGUACGGAGGUUUCUGGGAGAGACUUGUGGGAAUAACAAAGGAAUCUCUAGCUAAAAUCCUUGAACGCAGCAAACCUACUUUCAAUGCUUUCCGAGCACUAGUUGCAGAUGCCGAGUUCAUACUAAACGAUCGCCCACUCGAAGAGUCCUCAAGCCAAGUCGGAGAUGAGGAGUCCCUCUGUCCAGCACAUUUGAUGUAUGGUAGACGUCUCAACACUUUACCGUACAAUGAAGAGCUGGCGGAGGAAACUUUAGAUUCGUCUUACGCUGAAAGACCGAAUGAAUUGAAAAAGGCUCUCGUCAGACAUCAAACACUCUUAAAACAAUUUGAGAAACGAUUCAUAAAUUCUUAUCUUCCAGCUCUCAGGGAAUAUCAUCAGGCCACCAAGAAGGAUCAAGCUACCGUUAUCAAAGAGAGAGAUGUAGUCCUAAUACACGACGAGAAACCGAGAAAAGAAUGGAAGCUUGCGGUGGUCGAGAAUCUUAUCCGGAGUUGCGAUGGAUAG